AUGAGUGAAGCAAGCCAGCCUGAAGUUGAGACUCCACCUUCAGUAGAUUUAAAUGAAGCUUCUUCUAGCAUAGUUGCAAGCACUGAAAACAUUUCCAGUUCACCUACCUCAGAGAUACCUCCAGCCUCACAGCCUGAUGCAAUAGAAAAUUCCCGUGCUGAUACCCCUGUAGUCAGCUCUAGUGAAGCUGAGCAGUCAGAACCUGACUGUGAUAUUGGUGGGACACUUGAGGCUGACCCUCAGAGUGAGCCUUCCUCUUUUGUCAGUCCACCAGAGAGCCUUGCAGGUCAACAUAUAGAGAACAUAUCAUCCUCGCAUGGCAAAGGAAAGAAGACAAAAUCUGAGUUUGAGUCGAAAGUUUCAGCAGCUGAAAAAGGGGCAGAUGAGCAAAAAUCUGCUCUGAACGCCUCGGAGAACUUAAAAAGGGAGAAAGACUACAAGAAAACAGGGGAAAUUGACCCUACAUCAGUGAUAACUCCAAAGGACCCUGGAGACAUUCCAACAUUUGAUGAAUGGAAGAAGAAAGUCAUGGAAGUUGAGAAAGAAAAGAGUCAGUCAAUGCACCCUUCUGCUGUUGGUGGGCAGCAUUCCACAAAAAAAGUCCAGAAAAAUAGAAAUAACUAUGCCUCUGUAGAGUGUGGUGCCAAAAUUUUGGCAGCAAAUCCAGAGGCAAAGAGCACUUCGGCUAUUUUGAUGGAAAAUAUGGACCUUUAUAUGCUAAAUCCUUGCAGUACUAAAAUCUGGUUUGUUAUUGAGCUCUGUGAACCAGUCCAAGUAAAGCAGCUUGACAUUGCAAAUCAUGAAUUAUUCUCUUCCACUCCAAAAGACUUUCUGGUGUCUAUUAGUGACAGGUAUCCAACAAACAAGUGGAUUAAAUUAGGUACUUUCCAUGCCAGGGAUGAGAGAAAUGUCCAAAGCUUUCCUCUGGAUGAACAGAUGUAUGCAAAAUAUGUUAAGGUGGAGUUGAUAUCGCACUUUGGAUCGGAACAUUUUUGUCCUUUAAGUCUUAUAAGGGUAUUUGGUACUAGCAUGGUUGAAGAGUAUGAAGAAAUAGCUGAUUCUCAGUAUCAGUCUGAACGACAAGAACUCUUUGAUGAAGAUUAUGAUUAUCUAUUGGAUUACAAUACAGGGGAAGAAAAAUCUUCAAAAAAUCUUCUUGGUUCUGCUACAAAUGCUAUCUUAAGUAUGGUGAAUAUUGCUGCUAAUAUGCUUGGAGCCAAAACUGAAGAGUCGUCUGAAGUUGAAGCAGGGAACAAAAGCGUGUCUGAAAAUGUCACUUCUGCCCCUGCAACUUCAACAGCUGCACCAAGACUGCCUGAACCAACUCCUGUUCCUUCACCAGAACUUGUUACUACAGAUAUUCCACAGAUAGAUAAAGAGCAAGCAAUUGUGGAUUUGACAAAAGAAAGUCCUAUUGUUCAGCUAGUACAAGAGUAUGAAGAAGAUACAAGCCAGUCAACAGUAACCUUGCUGCCCAGUGAUGAUCAGGAGGAAGAAGCAUCCGCAUGGUUUGAACUUGAGACAGAAAAGUACUGCUAUGACAUGGCAACAGCAUGUUGUAUUUCCACCUUUUCAGAAUAUCUGUUUAAAUGGUGUUCAGUUGCAGUAGCCAUGCAUCGGCAGCGUAGUAAAACUGAAGGUAAACAGAGGCAAGAUUACUCUGCUGAUGUUCAGCAGCCACAAACGGAUCUGACCGAAUCUGUACAUAUGUCAAUAGAAGAGCCUCUGCCUGAGCAGUUAGACAACAAAGUUGAGAGACCAUCUGGAUCUACUGUUGCAGUUGACUUCAGCAGUGUGGUUCAUGAGGAGAUCGGUAAUGAAACCACAGAUUUGAUUGAACUGGAGCCAAGCCAUCCUCAAACUGUCUCUCAAUCCCUCCUCUUAGAAGUUACUUCUGAAGUUAAGCCAUUGCCAACAACAGACAUGGUGUUGCAGCCUGCAAAAGGAGAUGCAGGCCAGGUAGCACCGAGGGUGACUUCCCAGGUGGAUAUAACUGAGAUCAGUACAGAAAUAGAAAAGGCUGAGAGUUCUAUUGCAGAAGAAAAGCCUGUAGCUUCCGAGACCAUUGUGGCCACCGAGGUAAAAGAGAUGAGCACAAGAGAGGCUAUUGCUACUCCAGUGAUUUCAAAGCUUCCAGAGACUGUUCUGCAGCCUGAAUAUACAGUGGGCACGUUAGCCGGUGAUGCUGAGGAAGGAAAGGAAAGCACUCCAGAAGUGCAGAAACCUGUUUUGCCUCCUAUUGAGUCUUCUGUAUCUGCCGAAACAAAGGAUGAUGAUCAGGCAACUGAAGAAGCUUUAAUGGCGAUUCCGGUCUCUGGGGGACCGCAGAGAACAGCUACAGACUUCUAUGCCGAAUUGCAGAAUUCAACGGAUCUAGGCUAUGCUAAUGGAAAUCUUGUUCAUGGAUCUAAUCAAAAGGAGUCUGUCUUCAUGCGCCUUAAUAAUCGCAUAAAGGCCCUGGAAGUAAACAUGUCUCUCAGCAGCCGUUAUUUAGAAGAACUUAGUCAGAGGUACCGAAAGCAAAUGGAAGAAAUGCAGAAGGCUUUCAAUAAAACAAUAAUAAAACUUCAGAACACCUCAAGAAUAGCAGAAGAGCAGGAUCAGCGGCAAACAGAAGCAAUCCAGCUGUUACAAGCACAGCUCACCAACAUGACGCAGCUAGUUUCCAAUCUGUCAACAACUGUGGCGGAAUUAAAACGUGAGGUUUCUGAUCGACAAACCUACCUUGUGAUUUCGCUGGUACUGUGUGUCAUUCUGGGCUUGGUGCUUUGUGUGCAGCGGUGCAGAAGCACAUCUCAGUUCUGUGAAGAUUACCUCUCAAAAAUUCCCAAAAGUAAUCACUACCCUAGCCCCAAAAGAUGUUUUUCCUCCUAUGAUGAUAUGAAUUUGAAAAGAAGAACUUCUCUUCCACUGGUCAGAUCACAGUCUUUUCAGCUAGCUGGUAAAGAAGUGGAUCCAGAGGACCUGUACAUUGUAGAACCCCUGAAGUUUUCCCCAGAGAAGAAGAAAAAGCGUUGUAAAUACAAAAGUGAAAAAAUAGAGACUAUUAAGCUGACAACAGAGCCUCUGCAUCCAAUAGCCAAUGGGGAAAUUAAAGGAAGGAAGCCGUUUACGAACCAGAGGGACUUCUCUAACAUUGGGGAAGUUUAUCACUCUUCGUAUAAGGGUCCUCCAUCCGAAGGAAGCUCUGAAACGUCAUCGCAGUCUGAGGAGUCCUAUUUUUGUGGCAUUUCAGCGUGUACAAGUCUGUGCAAUGGACAGACCCAAAAGACAAAAACUGAGAAGAGGGCUAUAAAACGAAGACGGUCUAAAGUUUCAGACCAAGGGAAGUUCAUAAAAACUCUAAUACAGACUAAGUCAGGGUCAAUGCCAAGCCUGCAUGACAUAAUCAAAGGAAACAAAGAUAUAACAGUGGGAACACUUGGUGUCACGGCAGUUUCUGGACACAUCUAAAACUAGCUGAACUUCUCAAACAGGAGAGUGUUUGUUCGUUUGAGAACAGUCUGUGGUAUUCUGUGGGAGGAUAGUGGGAGACGAAGAGCUCAACUAAUUGGAAAGUAUUCAGAAAUUUGGUUUCUGCCUUUUUAAAAAGAUGGGAUUGUGUCAAUCUUGGCUAUAAGCUGCAGCUUUACAAGGCUGAUAAUUUCCUAUAAGAACAGCUUGGGGGGAGGGAGGGCAGGGUUCAUUUUAUAAAGGUUUUUUUUCACAGUUCCUGGGACAGAUUUUUUGAAACCCAGUUUGUUGGGUGGAAUAGGGAUAAAAGCCUAAUCCUCUUCCUUUAGCUUUGUUCCUAUUUCUUGCACCUUCCCAUAUUUAUGUGCCUUUUGUCUAUUUAUAAUGCCACUGGAAGAGGGGAGAUACAAUUGUUUGUCAUUUGAUUUAUUUUGUAAUUUCUCUAGCUUUUUUUGAAGAUGCAACACUACAGUGCUGUAAAGGGACAUGUGUUGGCCUUCAGCUGGACUCAGUAAUGUGGACUGGAUACUGUAAAAAUACUAAUAGAUGGACUUGCCUGACUAGAUUCUGGUUUUGCAAACUCGGUUGACGAAAAUGUCUCACCUAGGGGUGGUAAUCAUGUUUAUUUCCACCUUCAGUUACAAAUCAGAGUUGUAGUCUGAUGUACUAAAUGAAUGACAGUUGCUCUUUAGGAUUUCCUGUGUACGAUGGGAUCUUAGGCUGGUGAAUGCAUUUGUUAUCUAAAUUGCCUGCUGUAGUUCUCUGAAGGAAGUGAAUGGGG